UCUUGAUAUAAAGAUGCGGGAAUUAAAUCAAACGAACGCACUUUCACUUAAAAAUUUAAAAACUGAAGAAUAACCAACUCGCUCAGAUCGUAACCAUAAACCAUUGCAGCAAGUAGUGUCCUGUCACAUAAUAGUCUGAAACAUGGUUCUCUUGCGUUAUGUUGCUGCAUGUGUAUUGUGCAUGAUUGUGACUUCAAGUCCAGCAGAAAGACGGGGUACUAUCACUAAGAAGGCUUGGUGGAAUUUAUCGUACCAGAUGAUUGACAUUUUUGGAUUGGGUAUAUCAGCUAGCGUUCUAGACUAUGGCUGUUAUUGUGGAUACCAUGGUUAUGGUAUACCAGUUGACAAUAUUGACAGUUGUUGUCAAGUACAUGAUAAUUGCUAUGGUAAUGUUGAAGCUGAAGGCAAAUGCUGGUGGCAUCCUAAAUGGACUGGUUAUGAUUACAUUAUUUCUGACAAGAUAGUGGAAUGUACAGACGAAGCUGGUUCCUGUGAUUGGGAUGUGUGCAUGUGUGACAAGCUAUAUGUAGAUUGUAUUCAUGACCACAUUGAGGAGUACAACGAUGACAACUAUAAUGUAAAUGUAACAGCAAGGUGCUAAGACAGAACAAAGAAAUUACAUUUUUUUUAAAUUGUUACCCUGUUGUUAGCAUAGUUGUUUAAUAUAUUAUAAUUCGAUUACUCAUUAACUAUUACCGAUCUUUGUUAAAAUAACGUCACACCAUUAGUUGAGGUUCAAUUGUUUAGGACGUUUUUAACCAAUCGCGAUGUUUUGGUGUACUUUUUGAAAGUAUUACCCCAAAAUGUAUACUUUUUUAAUCGUUUUAACUUAUAUGGCUAAUCACCUAAUCAAUAACACCAGACGAUUAUCAACACUAUAAAAAUGGUGUUUAGAUCCUAAACACAAUCCUAAACACAUCUUUUUAGUGCACCUUUUUUUUUUAGGUCUGAGCAUGUCUCAUUUCUCAACAUAUUUAGGUUGAAUAAGUGUUUAUGAUUGUGUUAAGGUUCGUGUUUAGCUUAGGAAUUAUUGUUUUAGUCAUGAACAUUUUAAUUCUAAAACACACUCCACAGUGUUUACAUUCAAGAUAUGUGUACGGUUUGUGUGUUUAGAUAUUAAACGUAAUCCUAAAUAUGUUUAGAACUAAACAUGUAAUACAAGUGUCACUGUUUAUUUUCAAAGAACGAUUUUUACAGUUUGUAUGUAUAUAUAUAUAUAUAUAAUUUUAAUCUAGACGUUUUAUAUAUAUAAUUUUUAUAUAUGAAUGAAUGGUUAUAUGAAUAUAUUUGUUCUUUAGCAUUGAUGUCGAGGACACUUUUGAAGCAAGCCUGUAUUUUUUUUUAAUUCUUGUAUCGAAGAAUAACUUUUGUAGAAAUUAAUAAAUGUGCAUCACAA